AUGUGGGGCUGUGCAGAACUUGGGCUGUCCAGAACUUGGGCUGUGCAGAACUGGGGCUGUGCAAAACGGGGCUGUGCAGAACUUGGGCUGUGCAGAACUGGUGCUGUGCAGAACUGGGGCUGUGCAGAACUGGGGCUGUGCAGAACUUGGGCUGUGCAGAACUGGGGCUGUGCAGAACUUGGGCUGUGCAGAAGUUGGGCUGUGCAGAACUUGGGCUGUGCAGAACUGGUGCUAUGCAGACCUGGGGCUGUGCAGAACUGGGACCGUGCAGAACUUGGGCUGUGCAGAACUUGGGCUGUGCAGAACUGGUGCUGUGCAGAACUUGGCCUGUGCAGAACUGGGGCUGUGCAGAACUUGGGCUGUGCAGAACUGGGGCUAUGCAGAACUUGGGCUGUGCAGAACUUGGGCUGUGCAGAACUUGGGCUGUGCAGAACUUGGGCUGUUCAGAACUGGGGAUGUGCAGAACUUGGGCUGUGCAGAACUUGGGCUGUGCAGAACUUGGGCUGUGCAGAACUUGGGCUGUGCAGAACUGGGACCGUGCAGAACUUGGGCUGUGCAGAACUUGGGCUGUGCAGAACUGGGGCUGUGCAGAAAUUGGGCUGUGCAGAACUGGGGCUGUGCAAAAUGGGGCUGUGCAGAACUGGGGCUGUGCAGAACUGGGACGGUGCAGAACUUGGGCUGUGCAGAACUGGGGCUGUGCAGAACUGGGGCUGUGCAGAAUUUGGGCUGUGCAGAACUGGGGCUGUGCAGAACUUGGGCUGUGCAGAACUGGGGCUGUGCAGAACUGGGGCUUCCAGAUUUCAGUCGAACUACUUUUUUUACACCAACGUCAUUGAAAGUACUGUGUUCUUUGUACAUCCGUUUUCUCUGUUCCAUGUGCUUGUAUGUAUAGCUGGAUAA